AUGACUAUAACUACGAAAGGUCGACAACUCAUGGUUGACGACGGAUAUUCAUAUGUAAAAGAUCGUCAAACGAAUUUAAAAACGUACUGGCGCUGUGAGAACCAUAAACGCUUUAAGUGUCAUUAUCGUUUACAUACAUGUAAUUUAACAAAUGAUAUAUUAGAACGAAAAGGUACACAUGUUUCCAAUUGUAACCGUGAUACGAUGAAAUUAUUAUUACGAAAAUUCCACGAUAAACUAAAUGAGAGAGCAACAUCAGCGCAAGAAACAACUGAUACAAUUCUCUGCCAAUGUUCAACAUCUAUUCCUGAUACUGUACGUGCUCGUUUACCAGCAUUAGAUCAUGUCAAAAGAAAAAUUCGUAAACGUCGCCAAAAUCGUCAUUUACCAUCUGUUCCUAACAACAUCGAUUUUCCAAGUGUGCCUCCAGUAUUACAAGUAACCAAACAAGCGCAAAUCUUUUUACGUUCUGACAGUGGUCCUGGUCCAGAUCGUUAUGUGUUACGUGCGCAAGUGUCCGUGCGUAACAACCUGGGCUAUGAAACAGACGUUGGGGCGAAAGGGAUGAAGUUGUCUGGUGGUGAGAAACAACGAAUAGCAAUUGCUCGUGCGCUUAUCAGUCGCCGAGAAAUAUUACUAUUCGACGAAGCAACCAGUGCAAUGGAUAGCGAAAAUGAAUAG